UGCCCCUCAGUGAUUGGUGGAAACAGCUGUCAUUUGUGUGGUAGGUGAUGUACAGUGAGAUCGUGCCCAGACAAAACUUGGUUUACAUGCGCCACUUCCACACUGACCGCGAGAGAAACGGGGUCGUAAUGCACGCGCAAAGUUUACCGUGAAUCGUGCUCGACUGUCACGGAAGAGGAGCACUUGCUAUUAUCUCACAACCUCGAUUUCUUCUUUCCAAAGUGAGCUGUGUGAGCGCGUCAGGUCAUGAUGACAGUGUUGUGUUAGAUCUGUGCUGGAGAUGCUGGAUGGUGUGAUGUGCCGCAGGUCCGCAGUGGUACUGCUCAUGAUGAUGCGUGUUUAUCUCACACCUCCGCUGUCACUUCCACCAGCAGCAUCAGCAUCACUGCAGCAGUGGAGCAUUUCUGACAGUGAGCUCCUUAAUCGCUCUGUUUGCAUGACAUGUGUAUACCUCCCACCCCGCCCCACCACGGCCCUCACCUGUGUGUUGCGGUGCUUCCCUUGUGAGCCGACCUGGGCCGGCAGCCCCUUCUUGCACCGCCCGCCGACCCGGCCCAUGGUCACCAUGACGCGCUCCAAAACUUUCCAGGCGUACCUGCCCAGCUGCCACCGCACCUACAGCUGCAUCCACUGCAGAGCACACCUCGCCAACCACGACGAGCUCAUCUCCAAGUCCUUUCAAGGAAGUCAAGGCAGAGCUUAUCUGUUCAACUCGGUGGUGAACGUAGGAUGUGGUCCUGCAGAGGAGAGGGUUCUGCUCACGGGCCUUCAUGCAGUGGCAGACAUCUACUGCGAAAACUGCAAAACCACCCUGGGGUGGAAAUAUGAACAUGCCUUUGAGAGCAGUCAGAAGUACAAGGAAGGCAAGUUCAUUAUCGAGCUCGCUCACAUGAUCAAGGACAACGGCUGGGACUGAGCGGGCGUCCUGGAGAGAGCGGCGGGUGGAUGGUGAAUGUGUGGGUGAAGGACUCACUUUGGUUCGCCAUUACCCUCUUAAACCCUCUUCUACCCUCCAUCUCCUGCUGACACACACACCCUUAGCCGGAAACGAAACCAGGAGAGCGGGCCGCCCUGGGGGGCUUUGUGUGUCUGGAGGAGAGCGUGUGCAUGUGUGUGUGUGUCCGCUCCAGCACAUGGGAGCACACUGAGAUACAUGAAUGCAUACACAAGGUGUACAGACAUAGGUAUGUUAAAACAACAGCAUAUCGCAUGUCACGCUCAUCUCAGCCUGAUGGUUUAAACUACAAGCGGCUCUAUUCAUACUUGUAUAUGACAUACGGCAGGGCUCAGAGGGCGCAUUGUGCUUGGAAGGAUCUAGGUCACGAGUUUGCUGAGCUGAUAGGGCUUUCUCCACUUUGUGUCAGUGAGAAACUACCAGGCUGACCUUUCCAAAUUCAGAUUUGUGCCAGAGAGGAGGACUGGCAUGAAGAAAUCUCUGAAUGGAGCUCUGAUGGACCAACAAACAGGGCUUGAAGGAGUAGUUUAUCCAGAAAACUAAAUUAAAUUCUUUCAAAAUGGGGAUGAGUUUGUUUCUUCAUCGGAACAGAUUUGGAUAAUUUAGCAUUAUGUCACUUGCUCCCCAAUGUAUUCUCUGCAGUGAAUGGGUGCCGUCAGAGUGAGAGUCCCAACAGCUGAUAAAAACAUCACAAUAUUCCACAAGUCAUUUUGGGGGGGAUUUGCUUUGAUGGAUUUGUU